CGAAGAGGAGGAGGAGGAGGAGGAGGAGGGGGAAGGAUGAAGGAAGGAAGCGGAGCUUGAGCUGGCCCCGGGAUAGAAGCCUCCUCUGUGAUUCUCUUCAGUCCGCGUGGAGGAGAUUGAAAACACGCAAGAGCAGAAGAGUCGUCACCGCUGCGCACACGGGCUCGGCCGGGCGGCUAUUUUUUCCCUCUCUCUCUCUUUCGGUUUUUAAUAAAUAGAGGGGAAAAUAUCAACAACUCUCGCUGCUUUCUAUUUUUGCUGAAGUGAGAGCAAAAUAAAAGAGACCGCCAAAAAGCCCCGAAUCGGUUAUUUGUGCAGAAUAGGGCUUUUUUUUUUCUUCUUCGUCUUGCAAGAUUUGUCGCCCUCUUCUUGCCACGGACGCUCGCUUUAUUCCAAUGCCUUUCGCUUCAUAAAUCUCGUUCCUAAUUGGGAUUAUAUCGCUGUGUUUUUUUUCUUUUUAAUUUGAACCGUGUGCUUCGUAUAUGCAGUUUUUCAUUUUGUAAAUCUAAGAUUUUUUUUUGCUAGCACGUUGUGUGUAUGUGUUUUUAUUUUAUUUUUUUACUUUGCUGUUUCUCAAAGCUUUUGUCUUCUUAGUACAUCAUUUUAUUGUGGGGAAAAUCUUUAUGUCCUUUUGUACGUUUUUUGGUUUUUUUUUUUACUAGUAAACAGAAGCCACCAGUCGAGCCCUCGUAGAUUUAUUUAUUUUUCUUCUUCUUCCAGAUUCAUUCAUUUACUUUGAUCUUACGGGGGACUAUUUUAUGCUUGCUAGCAGAGAGCUAUUUUGUAUUUUCAUUUAGUUUUAUUUUCGGCACAAGUACGGUGGAAGAGCCGCGGAGUGCUUUCGCUGAGCGCUGCCUUUUCGCGGCGGUGCUUGCCCACAUUGUGAGCCUCGCUCUUCCCGGCCCGAUCUCGCCGUUUUUUUCUUUCUCCGCUCUUGUGCGAGCGACAUGGAUGAGCAGUCCCGGAUGCUGGCGGGUCUUGGCGGCUUGGGGGCAUUGAACCAGCCCGACGGAGGCGAUCCGGAUUCGGUUCGUAAACAGCAGCAGCAGCAGCUUGGUCAGCCUCAGCAAGACAUCGGGGACAUUCUGCAACAGAUCAUGGCCAUCACGGACGAGAGUCUGGACGAGGCACAAGCCAGAUCCUGGCCUGAUGAGCAGAGCUGGGGAAGCAGUGACAGCCGCACCCCUAGACUGAGUCAAGCUGGGAGUGCAUAUGCAGGGUCUCCACUGCCGCUUAAUUUCCAGCACAGAAAACACGCACUGAACUGUCACAGGAUGAAGCCGGCUCUCUUCAGCGUGUUGUGUGAAAUCAAAGAAAAGACUGUUUUAAGCAUCCGUGGAGUUCAAGAAGAGGACCCUCCAGACCCCCAGAUCAUGAGGUUAGACAACAUGUUGCUGGCAGAAGGGGUGUCCGGCCCUGAGAAGGGUGGAGGUUCAGCUGCUGCCGCAGCAGCAGCUGCAGCUGCAGGAGGCUCCCCAAAUGAUGGCAGCAUUGAGCAUUCCGACUACCGUGCCAAACUGGCACAGAUCCGUCAGAUUUACCACGCAGAACUGGAAAAAUAUGAACAGGCAUGCAGUGAAUUCACCACUCAUGUUAUGAAUCUGCUGCGGGAGCAGAGCCGCACACGUCCCAUUUCACCGAAGGAGAUUGAGCGUAUGGUUAGCAUUAUUCACCGCAAGUUCAGUUCCAUCCAAAUGCAACUGAAGCAAAGUACCUGUGAGGCUGUCAUGAUCCUACGCUCUCGUUUCCUUGAUGCCAGACGCAAAAGGCGUAAUUUCAACAAGCAGGCGACAGAAGUCUUAAAUGAGUAUUUCUACUCGCACCUUAGUAAUCCCUACCCCAGUGAGGAGGCCAAAGAAGAGUUGGCUAAAAAAUGUGGCAUCACAGUUUCGCAGGUUUCUAACUGGUUUGGCAACAAGAGAAUCCGGUACAAGAAGAACAUCGGUAAGUUCCAGGAGGAGGCAAACCUGUACGCUGUUAAAACAGCGGUGGAUGCAGCCAGUGUGUCAGCCCAAGCCAGCCAGGCUAACUCUCCCGCAACGCCUAAUUCAGGUUCCUCCGGCUCCCAUAACAUGUCGAACUCAACGGAUUUGUACAUGACCAUGCGCACUCUCAAUGGUGACUCCUACCCAAGUUCUCAGGUGCCACCUAACCUGCAGACUCAGGUGGAUACCCUGCGCCAUGCUAUACACCAGACGGGAGGAUAUGAAGACAUGGCUGGCAACCCAGUCUACACCCCACGACGCAUUGAUGCCAAUGGCAGCUGGCAAGAUGGAACUUCUUCCUCCGUGACAUCACCCCCCGGAGGUCCAGGGAGUGUUCACUCAGACACGUCUAACUGAGCUCUUCCACAUUACCAAAUGAAACCAAGAAGCGAAAAUUAAAUAAUAAAGAAACGAUAACAAAAAGGCACCAUAAAACGCUCAUUCACCCGCCACUGCAAAUGACUGUUUCAAUGUUGCCAUCCAUCACACACUUUCCACCCAGGAUUCAAGAAACAGAUGGACAGAAAGCUGACAAAGCUGGAACUAUGAUCUUCAUAUUCUAUAUGUAUUUGAGCUGCAGACUGGCAUCUAGCAGACAGAGGAAAACUAACAUUGCCUCUGUGUUUGAAAAGUUAUCAGAUAAGCAGGGCACUAGGUGAUGCUGUGCUAUAGUGGGGGGGGGGUUUUUAGGUUUUUUUUUUUUUUACGUUCGUCUCUCCCACCCACACAUUCCUGUUACCUCCCUGAACAAAACUCUUUUUGAGUUGAUGGGACAGCUAAUGAGUUCAACAUGUCCUGGAAUUAGUACUGGUCACAUCGUAGAGGGAGAAGUUUUUGGAAUGCAUGACACCAUCAUACCAGGUGGGUGGGAUGGGUUUGUGGCACUUUUUGUCUUUUCUGUGCAGAUUCUGGUGUGGCCACUAUGACUGUUAAGCUGUGCCCGUGAGACUCUUCCCCUCCAAUAAGCACUGAUGAACCAGGAUUAAAAUGAUACAAAGUGGAUCUUGGAUAGUCGACGUAUGUUGGAUGUGAGGGUUUCCAUAUUGAAAUUUUAAAAUGGAUUGUUUCUUUAUUUUCUUUUUGCUGCAGCAGCCAGAACAUGGAGAGAGCUUCUGUGGACAGCAUUCUAUAUCACUGACUAUCUAACCUUGUGCCCUGCUUUAAUAGACAAAGAACUAAAAGAAAGGAAAAAAAAAAACAAACAAACCAGGGUUUAAAAAUAGCUUUCACAGCCUAGAAAAUCGCUUCUGAUAUUAUGAAUACACCAAAUGGAUUUCUCCUUUUCUAUGAAAUGUUUCAGUUGUUGCUGUAUAGAAUUUUUUAUUUGUCUAAAAUUAAUAUUGCCUUCAUUGUCAGAUUCAGAGGGUUAAUUUUAAGAGAGGUUUUGCUGUUUUUUUCUGUGUGUGUGUUUUUUUGUUUUUUUUUAAUUAUUUUUUUCUUUUUUAUUUGUGACCAUGUAGAUAUUGGGCAGGUUCUGUUUUACAUUGUGGGGUUUUUGUUUUGUUUCUCAGAAUAGCCCUUGUAGCUGCUGUCUAGAGGCUUGGUGGACUCUUGCCCCCUUUUCUUUGUUAAACCCAGUGAUACAACCACAUUUCUGGUUAUGUUGUCAUUUUUUCCCUUUAAAUUCUACUUUUAUGUAGCCCAGAACCGUUAAGAAAUAUCAACUGUGUCAGGAUUUGUGUUUCUGUGGUGAGUUCUGCUGCCGCUUUAAUCAAACUCACUGAGAGGCAUUUGAAGGAGCAAUACUGUGCAUGCCAGCACUGUGUGUCAGGAGACUAUGCUUUAUUGCUAGACAGAGAGCAAGCAUACACUACACUAUAACAAUACCAGGUUUAUGUAAAAGAUUUGUUAAAGUAAUGAUGAAGCACACUAACAUAUCGCCUGAUACAAAUUUGCUACAGCAUAACAAAUGUCCGAUCCACUGACCAGAAUAUCUAUCAGUUUAAGUGGGGGCCAAUUGGCUUUGACUAAUACUUUAUAGUAUUGCAUUUGUAUAUUGUUUAAAGAUGUUCUCGAUGUAUUGUAUUUUAAACAGAAGGUUAGUACACUGAUGGAAAAUGCAUAUAUCAAGCAAACAUGGAAGCAGUGUAAAAUGACACCGUGAUGGUUUGUUAUAAAUUGAUGGCCAGAUGCACUGCUCAGCUAGUUAUAUAAUGAAAUGCCUAUCUGCAUUCAAGUAAUGAUGAAGCACGUUAUUUAUUUAUUUUUUAUUUUUUAUUUUUUUUACAAAGAGCAACACCAUACACACCAGCUCUGUAUGGCAAGGCUAGGUGUGUUUUCGUUGAUACAGAGAUACCGUAUUAGAGUGGUCAUCAGGCAUAUUUAUAAUCUUACUACCUAAUAGAGAUGUUAUAUUUUAAUGCAAUAUUCGGGCAUGCAGUAGCUCAUUACUGAACAUUUAGUUAUAUAUAAAGUGCUGGUCAUGUACACAUAAUAGAACAUCAUAAAACAUCAUGUGUACAGAUGAUAAAAUCAGUUAAAUACUGUAAUUGGCACAUUGUAAAGAUAUAGUUUGUGUCAAGCAUACUGACUAACACAUCCCCAGAGAGAGGUGCUGUAUUCUGAAACCAAGGUUGCAAGCACUAUCCAGCAUGUUAAGAUGUCCUUUGUCUUUAUAGUACAUUGUGGGUCAAGAAUGGCAGUUGCGACAGUCUCUUGAAUAAGAGACAUAUUUACAAUCUUUUGUUGUCCGUUAAAGAGCCCAAUAAGGAACUAAGCAAGGAUUUUCAUCCAGCCUGAUUAGAUCAGACUCUUAGACUGUUUUCCUCAUACUUUGAAUUUAUAGCACAAUUCAGCCAGUUCAUGGUGUGAUUCCUAAGUGGUAUUUAUAACACUGUCGAGUUAAUCUAGAAAAUCAAAUGAAUUCAUUUGGGUUGGGUUCUUGGACUAAAUUGAAGCCCAAAACAUGCAGUUGCAGGCAGCAUGUGUGUAGAGAGUUCCAUCUUACUUACAUUGGCCACUUUCACAUCUUUAGAUGCUCAAGUCUGACUUGAACUUUGUAGACACUAAUCAGCAUGCCAUUAGCCUUUUGAAAAUCACUGUCUGUGUCUAACUAAGUAGCUCCUUGUCUGUUCACAACCCCACCAAACCAUUGAGAGCCUGGUCACCUUCCUGCCUCGUUUCAUUUUGCAUGCCUGUGUUACUAAUAUAGCACCAGGACCAUUUGCACCAAGCCAUACCACAAGCCAAUUUGAAGACUCUGGUCACUAGACGUAGCAGUGCUUGAGAAGACCAUGUCCUAAGAGCAUUAUUUUCCUGAUAGCUCACCAGCGAGUGCUCAGGUGAGCAUUGUUUUUGUAUUGCAAAGUGUGCCUCAGAAGUUGUUUUUUAUUAGUAGGUUUAUUAGUUUAGUUCUGUUAAUUCUAUUUAUUGUGUUUUCUCAUUUUUCACCAAGAAGUGGAAAGGCAUCUAAUGACAUAGAUAGUGGGACGGCACAACAAAGGUGCCCAUAGACUAGGGUUUGAUUCCUGUCUGGGUCACUGUGUGGAAACUCAAUGUGGGGGUUUUCAUGUCCUCUCAGUGUAAAUAUGGAGGAGAUGCGCAUUUCCUCCUUCAUCCAGAGGCAGAGUGGAUCUGAUGCUGCCAGAAUAUGCACUGGCUAACACAAACCCUGUAUUGAGCUAGAAGGGUUCAGGAAAUCAAACGAAUGUAUAAAUGGCUGGUAACCAAGAACCUUAUAAACCUCAGAUGAGGUUAGUAGAGGUUUUCUAGUUUUGCUAAAUUUAUAUUUAGAAUUUGUGGUUUCAGUAACUGAUUGAGGGAUUGCUUAACAUCAGUUUUAACUUGACAGUUUAGUUAGUGGCAAAGGGACACACAAUGAAUGUGGAUUUGUCAUUGGUAUUAGCACCCCCUAGGCCUGGAUGUCACUUAUGGGUGUUUUUUUUUUUUUUUUUUUAAAUGAAAGUGCAAAUUUAAUACUAACUCCAAGUGUAAAAAUAACAUUUUUCUUUAAUUUGACUUUAUUAUACAGUGUAAAAAAACUGCUAAUUGUUCACAUUGAUUAUUUGUCAUCCUCCUUAAUGGAUGUAGCUCUCUAGUGUCACUGUGUUUCUGAAAUGAUGUGGCACGUUAUUGCUCAAAAUAUUUUUCAUCAUGGGGAUUUUUUUUAAACCGUGUACACUGAUGUGCACUGGCUCAGUGGUUAGUACUGCUGCCUUAUAGGUUAGAGUCUCUGUCUAUUCACCAUCUGUGUCUUCCUGUGUCCACAUGAGAUUACUGCAGCUCUUCUAGAUUAUUAACUUGCACCUCUUUGAGCUGUUUAUUGGGCAACAGCAGUUUUGGCUCAGAAUGGCUUAGUUGGGGUGUGUAAGAAUAAUCUUAUGAUGGACUGGUGAUCCAUUUUUGACUUUUGUUUUUUUUUAAUAUACUUGUACCAGAUGCUCUAGCUGGCAGCAAAACUGUAAUGGAAUAGUGGCUUAAUAAAAUGGAUGAAUAGGUUUUUAUGGAGUAACCAUAAAAAAAAAAGGAAAAUGUAUCCAAAAGAAAUAGUAUCUCACCUAUAGGCUUAAUGACAAGAUGUAAUAUUUGGAAUUGAAUGAGGGCAUCCACACCUCACAGCAUAUACAAAAAUUAUUUGCAUGUUUCCCCACAAUAAGCAACAACCCUGCCGAUUACUGGAGCAGCUAAAGUUUUCUUGUCAGACCUCUUGGCUAUAUAGAAUUCUUUUUAUUCUUACUUUUAUUUGUAUAGUAUCUACAGUAAACAUUACUGUUUUUCUCCUGCUGGUUAGUUUUGAAAUUUAAGGUAGAGAAAUGGAUUAAAAAGAAAGGAAAAAGGGCAGUGGAGUGAAGCUCUCCCAGGCACAGGGGUGUUAAGGUGGCCACUUGCUGGUAUAACGAUGGAGAACACCCACCUUAAAUUACCAGUUGUUUAUGUUGUAGCUUAAAGGGACGUCCAUUGUGGAAUAAAGAUGUCGAAGGGGCAGCUGUAACUAAAAGUGGAGUUUUAAAGUGGAUUUCUUAUCUUCUACUCACAUUCACUGUGAUCACGAUUCUUGUGAAGCAGGUCACUCAAGAACCCUCUUUUCACAUCGGUGGUUCAGGUUCUUUUCCCUUUGCUCAAAUGAGAGGAGGGGGAACAUUUCAUGAAAUGGGGUCCUAACUCAGUAGGCUACAGUGCCUUCUGGCGGCUUCUUCCUGUUUUCUGCCAGCCUCUUGGUGAAUUCAUAAAUAUAACGAAUACACAGUCUAUUUUGGUCAAGCGAUACUAUAUGUCUUGAAGUACAUUUAUGCUGAUGUUAAACAGGUCACCAUGCCUCUGUUAACACUUGUACUUAAUUCAUCAGAAUCAAAAGCUUCCUUAACACUAAAAAGUAAAUCAUCACGUAAGAUGAGAUUUAUAUACUAAAAAGGUUUUGAACUUUGCUCUUCGGUUUACUGCUAAGUGGUAAAUGUUGUGUUUUUAUCUAAAAUAUGAACAAAACAUACAAAUAUUUAAUCAAGUAAAUUUUAAACCUUUUUUAAAGCAAUACGUUUAGUCUUCAUUAAAAUAAAAUCAUUUACGACUACUCUAAAAUGGGAUAAGAGGCGGAACAGUUUUAAGACCAAAUAUAUUUCUCCUCCAAAUGUCUUUGUUUUAUUAUUUUUAUCUGUUAAGCUCAAAUAAACUUUUAAAUCUUUUUGUUAACAAUGUAGCUUCCCAAAUACAUUUUUUUGUCUAGUGGAGAUGGGGCACACUUUUACCUCUGGAGCUGCCAGUUUGAGUGGAAGGGAAUUCGGGUGGCGUACAAAACACUGGCACCUCAACUCACCUCCUGGUUGGGGGGUCUCUCUACUUUCAUUUAAAUUGAGGAUUGAAUUGUCUUCUGUUUUUUUUUUUUUUUUUUUUUGUUCUACUUGUGCCUUUCUUUGGAAAAACUUUUUGUGUUGCUUGUGAAAGUGAUGGAGAAAGGGUACCGAAAAAGAGAUGGUACAGAUAAAACAAGAAAUGCUUUUGAUAAAAAAAAUAAUAAUAAUAAAACUGUACCUGUAAUAUAUUACCAAGCUGUAGUAAUAUUUUUGUCUACUUGUACUACAGGAUUAAAUUAAAAUUUAAUUGU